AUGCGUUCCUUUGGAAGAGAAAUCUAUGAAGAUGAUUCUUUUCCAGGAUCUUUUUGGAAUAUGCUUCCAGAAGAGGACAGAGACGCAUUCCUCGUCAUGAGAGAUAAUUUUUAUGAAGGAUUCAAAGGAGAAAAUUAUCAAGAUAUACUAGAAGAGAUUUACAAAUACAACUUUCGAAAUCCUGAGUUCGUAGAAGAGCGAUCUAUUGUUUCUGGCCUUGCUUUUUGUGGGCCUUAUCUUUUAAUUAACUAUCGACAAUUCAAAAAGGUUAUCUGCCGUUACAAAUGCUCUAUUCACAAUGGGUUAUCUGCGUUGGGCUACAAAUUAGAAACAAAUGAUGCGAAAAAAAUUACAGUAAUUACGGCAGCUAUACAAUCAGUGAUUGACGAUCCUGUUUUAGCAGAAAGAUGGGAUAUGUACGGAUAUUAUAGCGGCACUGGCUCUGUAUUUUUGACAAAUUGUUCCGAUCUUAAUUUACCAUUAAUUGAACUACGAGACGAGAAAGAAACUACAAAUUCACACACAUUUGGGAAUUUGCCAAUAGUUAAAGCACCUCCCCCACCAGAAUCUCCAUUACCUCCAUACAAAUUUACAAUCGCUGAAAAUAUUCUAAACGAGGAAGAAGAUCAUAUAGAAUUCCAACAAAAUACGAUGAGUAAUCCUAUUAUUUCACCAUUAGACGAAGACAAUUUUGAUCCUUUAGUUUUUGAUAAUUCAUCGUUCGAGAAUCAGAAAGAUAUGUAUGAUAUAGGUAAUAUGUUCCUUACAUUUUAA